AUGGCGCACAAGCGACUUAUGCAAGAGCUCAUGCCCCUUCAGAAGGAGAAGUGGGUUGACAUCGAGACCGACGAUUCAAACCUCCUUCGCUGGAAACUCGGCCUCUGGGUCGUCAACCCCGACAGCGUAUGGCACGGUGCCUAUCUCAAGGCCGAGAUGAAGUUCCCGAACGAUUACCCAUACCAGCCUCCCACUUUCAAGUUCCUGACAAAGAAUAUCUGCCACCCCAACGUUUACACCGAUGGCAACCUCUGCAUUUCCAUCCUCCACAAACCGGGUGAAGAUGAGCAGUCAGGCGAGCUGGCUAGUGAGCGCUGGAAUGUUCUUCACGGCGUCGAGUCUGUUCUCCGAUCCGUUCUGCUCCUCCUCGACGAUCCCGAGAUCAACUCCCCUGCGAACGUCGACGCGAGCGUCCUCUACCGUGACAACAAAGCCGAUUAUAAUAGGCGGGCAAAGGAAAUCGUUGAUAAGUCUCAGAAGGACAUACCAGCAGGCUCCCGAAUGCCCACCACCUCCGAACUCACCACCGCACCACAAAAGCCAAUCGACGAUGACGCCGAUUUUUGGAACAUGACCGACGAGGAAUUGGACUUUGGCGGCAGCGAUAGUGAGGAGGAUAUGGAGGAUUUCGACGACGACGAUGAAGACGACGACGAUGUUAGAGACCGGAAUUAG